AUGGUGACAUUAUCCCACUCUGAUCUCCCUGUGAACUCCAACCUGAUGGGACAUGAUGCCUCCCACACCCCAGGGUCCACAGCAUCCUCCCACACCCAAGGGUCCACAGCAUCCUCCCACACCCAAGGGUCCACAGCAUCCUCCCACACCCCAGGGUCCACAGCAUCCUCCCCACCCCAGGGUCCACAGCAUCCGCCCACACCCCAGUCUCCACAGCAUCCUCCCACACCCCAGUCUCCACAGCAUUCUCCCACAGCAUCCUCCCACACCCCAGCUCCACAGCAUCCUCUCACAUCCACACCAUCCUCCCACACCCCAGCGCCACACCAUCCUCCCACACCCCAGCGCCACACCAUCCUCCCACACCCCAGCGCAACAGCUCCACAGCAUCCUCCCAUACCCCAGCUCCACAGCAUCCUCCCAUACCCCAGCUCCACAGCAUCCUCCCACACCCCAGUGCCACAGCAUCCUCCCACACCCCAGCGCCACAAUAUCCUCCCACCACGGCCCCACACCAUCCUCCCACACCCCAGCGCCACACCAUCCUCCCACACCCCAGCGCAACAGCUCCACAGCAUCCUCCCACACCCCAGUGCCACAGCAUCCUCCCACACCCCAGUGCCACAGCAUCCUCCCACACCCCAGCUCCACAGCAUCCUCCCACACCCCAGCUCCACAGCAUCCUCCCACAACCCCAGGGCCACAGCAAUCCUCCCACUCCCCAGGGCCACAGCAUCCUCCCACACCCAAGGGUCCACAGCAUCCUCCCACACCCCAGGGUCCACAGCAUCCUCCCCACCCCAGGGUCCACAGCAUCCUCCCCACCCCAGGGUCCACAGCAUCCUCCCACACCCCAGGGUCCACAGCAUCCUCCCACACCCCAGUCUCCACAGCAUCCUCCCACACCCCAGUCUCCACAGCAUCCUCCCACACCCCAGCGCCACAGCAUCCUCCCACACCCCAGCGCCACAGCAUCCUCCCACACCCCAGUCUCCACAGCAUCCUCCCACACCCCAGUCUCCACAGCAUCCUCCCACACCCCAGUCUCCACAGCAUCCUCCAGCUCCACAGCAUCCUCUCACAUCCACACCAUCCUCCCAUACCCCAGCGCCACACCAUCCUCCCACACCCCAGCGCAACAGCUCCACAGCAUCCUCCCAUACCCCAGCUCCACAGCAUCCUCCCACACCCCAGUGCCACAGCAUCCUCCCACACCCAGGGUCCACAGCAUCCUCCCACACCCCAGGGUCCACAGCAUCCUCCCACCACCCCAGCGCCACAGCAAUCCUCCCACACCCCAACGCCACAGCAUUCUUCCACCACGGCCCCACACCCCAGCGCCACAGCAUCCUCCCACAGCCCAGGGUCCACAGCAUCCUCCCACACCCCAGGGUCCACAGCAUCCUCCCACACCCCAGGGUCCACAGCAUCCUCCCACACCCCAGGCUCCACAGCAUCCUCCCACACCCCAGCUCCACAGCAUCCUCCCACACCCCAGCUCCACAGCAUCCUCCCACAACCCCAGCGCCACAGCAUCCUCCCACACCCCAGCGCCACAGCAUCCUCCCACACCCCAGCGCCACAGCAUCCUCCCACACCCCAGCGCCACAGCAUCCUCCCACCACGGCCCCACACCCCAGCACCACAGCAUCCUCCCACACCCCAGUGCCACAGCAUCCUCCCACCACGGACCGACACUCCUGCGCCACAGCAUCCUCCCACCACGGACCUACUCCCCAGCGCCACAGCAAUCCUCCCACACCCCAGCGCCACAGCAUCCUCCCACCACGGCCCCACACCCCAGCGCCACAGCAUCCUCCCACACCCCAGGGUCCACAGCAUCCUCCCACACCCCAGCGCCACAGCAAUCCUCCCACACCCCAGCGCCACAGCAUCCUCCCACCACGGCCCCACACCCCAGCGCCACAGCAUCCUCCCACACCCCAGGGUCCACAGCAUCCUCCCACACCCCAGGGUCCACAGCAUCCUCCCACACCCCAGGGUCCACAGCAUCCUCCCACACCCCAGGGUCCACAGCAUCCUCCCACAACCCCAGGGUCCACAGCAUCCUCCCACAACCCCGGGUCCACAGCAUCCCACAACCCCUCCACCCACAACCCCAGCUCCACAGCAUCCUCCCACAACCCCAGCUCCACAGCAUCCUCCCACAACACCAGCUCCACAGCAUCCUCCCAGCUGCUUGUUGUUGCUAUUUAG